AUGCCCCCCCAGGAGCUGCUGGAUUAUUCACCUGCCCUGCGAAGAAACAGCACCCCAAGGGGCAGUGGCCCACAGCUGGGCAUCAAAUGUGUCCUAGUAGGUGACGGGGCUGUGGGCAAGACCAGCCUGAUCAUUAGCUACACAACAAAUGGAUACCCUGAUGAGUACCAACCCACUGCCCUGGACACAUUCUCAGUGCAGGUUCUGGUGGAUGGAGCCCCGGUUCGGAUCCAGCUCUGGGACACAGCUGGACAGGAGGACUUUGAUUGCCUCCGAUCACUUUGUUACCCUGACACUGAUGUCUUCCUUGUCUGCUUCAGUGUGGUGAACCCCAACUCCUUCCAAAACAUUACUGAGAAAUGGAUCCCUGAGAUACGGACUCACAACCCCCAGGCGCCAGUGCUCCUGGUGGGGACACAGGCUGACCUGCGGGAUGAUGUCAAUGUCCUCAUCAACCUGGACCGCUACCGUGGGAGGCCUGUGCCCAAGCUUCAGGCUGAAGGCCUGGCAGAGAAAAUCCGGGCACAGACCUACGUGGAGUGCUCAGCACUGACCCAAAAGAACCUGAAAGAAGUAUUUGACACAGCCAUUGUCAGUGCAGUGGAGCACAAAGCCCAGCAGGAAAAGAAGAUGACAGCCAAAGGGAUCAAAACCCUCUCCAAGUGUCGUUGGAAGAAGUUCUUCUGCUUUGUCUGAAGCUGGUUUGGCAAAAACACCUCAUGCCAGUGCUGAUCCCACACCUUCUUGGAGAGCCAUGUGACUGCACCUAUGGCUCCUGCGAGGAGAGUGCUGUGAGCUGUUGAGGCUUGGAGUCCUGGCACUUGCUGGGUUGUGGUCACAGGCCUGGGAGACAUGAAAUGGACUUCCAUUGCACCAGGUUACCAAAUGGUCCUUCUAGCUUUAAGCAUCUGGUGGACAUGCCUGUGGUGUCCCAGAUCAAUGGGAGCCUUUGAAUAUAUUCAGACUUGGUCCUAAAGAAAAAGCAGGUUCACUAUGCCCAGUAUGACCAGUUUCAUUUCUGAAACCCAACUAAAACUUCCAAAAUCCUGUUCCAGCAUAAUCUAACUCUGGUGUAAACCUUUUGAUGGAUUCUGGAGAGCUGGCUCUAUUCUGGCCGUUCUAAAGUCUUGGUUGGGAAGAGGGAGGGGGUAAUUAAUGGAGACUACUGUGUGGUCUGAUAGGGACUGCUCAGUUUUUAAAAGUAGGACUUAAAUGCUUCCCCUCUAGUUCUGAUCACUAAAAGGGGGUGGGGGAAGAGUGUCAUCAAGAUGUGAUAGAGCAGUGCUCGUGGGUUUGUAAAGAUACCUUACCAUGUGGGAAAGGGCUUACCUAUGAGGCAUAUCCUGGGAAGAGACCAGUGGCUGUCUGAGGGAAAGCACACUGCAAGCUGCAGUCAUCCUUGAAGCAAAACAUCGCCUAAAGAGGGCUCCAUGGUACAGAGGGUGACUGUGCUACAGCCACAUGCUCAGAAGUGAUCACUCCUUUUGGGUGCCCACUUUGAGACACCUUUGUGCCUGAUGUUGAGAGGUGCUGAGGCGUGGGACUGCUGGGCCUUAGCACCUCUGGACAUCAGGCAAAAAGGUAACGCUGUGACCGUGAGGGGUUGAUAAUGCAACAGGGAAGUGCAGUGGUGUUGAGGGAGAGAAGGAAAAGCAUGUGAUAGAAGGAAGAGAGAGAUGUGGAGUGAAGCCGAG